AUGAUUGACGAAAAUGCUAGAGCCGUUGUACUGGAGGACUUCCCUCUCACAAUGACCGUCCUUGUCUUGGUGUUUCUUGGUCUGGCUGUCAUCACGGUCGGAAUUCGCACCAUGGUCGUUUACAUCGCCGACUCAGGUCUUGCCGUACACGCAGUCAAAGUCGGCAUCGGCUCCAAAGACGAUCAUCUCAAUACAUGGAUGCAGUCUGAAGCGCAAAAGUUCUACAUCAUUUGGAUAACGGUCUAUGUCGUUGCCGUCGCAUUGAUCAAAACUUCGGUAUGCGUCACACUCAGAAGAAUUGCAGCCAAGUCCGUUCCGCUUAUCCAGUAUGCCAUCUGGGGUCUGUUUGCUCUUACGUGGGCAUCGUUCUGCGUCACCUUUUUCGGUAUCCUUACCUUCUGUCGACCUGUUGAAGGAAACUGGAACACGACUCUUGUUUUGGAGGGAAAAGCGAACUGCGCGACGACUGAGACACUUAUUGGCAUUAGCCAUACGAAUACCGCCACAAGCAUUGUUACCGACGUCGGCUGUAUCGUGCUUCCGGGAAUCUUGCUUUGGAAGACCCAGAUGACAAUCAGAGCUAAGCUGCAAGUUCUAUGCCUUCUUUCUCUGGCCUCAGUCGCCUCUAUUGCGACCAUUGCGCGUGCCCCUUUUAUCUCUCACUACAAGCGACCGACAGAUAAUCUCAAGUAUUAUAUCGGCUACAUCGUACUUUUCUCUUGCGUCGAGAUCGGCAUCGGCUGCAUCGCCGCCUCCCUUCCAUCACUACGAAUAUUAUACAAACGAGUCCGAGGCCAAGAGUCACAAGGCUCAACGGGGACACCCAACGCCAAUACACUCAUCACGAUUGGUGGUGGAAAGAUAGGCGACAGCAGCUCUCGGGGGCCCAAGCGCGUGUUUACGAAUCCUACGGAUCGAGGCAUAACGUCAACGCACGUUAACCGAGAGGACAACAACUGGGAGCGAUUGAGUGAUGAAGACUCUGAUAAGGGUAUAUUGGUGAAUGGGCAGAGUGGUAUACGUGCUGAUUAUACGUACUCGGUUGAGCUGGAGACGUAUAAUACUGGGAAUUCUAGAGUUCCGCCGCAAAUCGCCUCCUCAGAGAGGUGA